GUGAUGCAAGAAGUUUCUAGGAAAGCGCUACCAGAACUUGACAAAAUGGCUUGCGCAGCAGACAGCUGCAUCCAAUUCACACGCCAUGCAAGUGAUGUUCUACUCAACCUGAAUCGGCUGCGCAGCAGGGAUAUUCUCACAGAUGUCACCAUCUUGGUCAACAGACAGCAAUUUCGCGCACACAAGACUGUUCUGAUGGCUUGCAGUGGACUGUUUUACACCAUCUUUACUGACUCCCACAAGUGCAACCUUAAUGCUAUCAGCCUGGACCCAAAAGUGGACCCAGAAGGGUUUGCCAUUCUCCUGGAGUUCAUGUACACCUCCCGUCUCACGCUGAAAGAGAGCCUGAUCGUGGCAAUCAUGAAUACGGCAAUCUAUUUGCAGAUGGACCAUGUUGUGGACACGUGCCACAGAUUCAUCAAAUCCAGUGAUCCAUCAGCCAAGCUGCCCAGAGAUGAGUUUUUGGUCAGUCCCUUGGUUUUACCUCAGGAUGUCCAUGCCUAUCGGCCCCAUGACAUGGUCGACAGUUUGCACAGCCGAGUUGCCCCAUUCAGGGAUGGGAGGCCCUACGCUUCAAACAUGUUCAGCGGGAUGAGUACCCCCAGCAAUUAUCAUCUCUAUGGUCAGUUUCCUAUGCCAGGAUUCCCUUUCCCUCUCUGCAAACUGACUGAUACCAAAAAUGUGUUUGCUGACCUCUCAAAGAAUGGUCUCCACCAUAAGCAUUGUUCUCCACAUGACAAUACCAUCAGGGCAGAAUAUUCUAGGGCAGUUGGCACUAGCUCCUCUAGCAUUAUUCACUCUGCCACAUAUGCCUCCAGGGAGGUAGGAAGAGACGAUGAGAUGAGAAAGGAAAACCAUGAAUCGGUAGGACAGCCCAUCGGUCUCGGCCCUAGGAAGCGUAUGUUUCCUGUGUUGCCACUGGAGCAACAGAAGGAGACGGGUAAAGAGCAUGGUCCUCAAGCAGAGGAAGACAUGAUCCAUCAGCAUUACCCCCUGGGGAUAUCCUCGGCUGGACGAAAGAGCCUGAUGAGCAGUCCCCAGAGUCCGCUCAAAUCUGACUGCCAGCCCAACUCCCCUACUGAGUCGAGCAGUAGCAAGAACGCUGGCCUCUCCCAAACGACCCAAACCCAGCAGGGCACACAGGACCCCAAGGCUCGCAACUGGAAGAAGUACAAGUUCAUUGUGCUGAACCAGAGUGCUAAGGAGGACGAGGCUGGGCUGCGGGAUCCUGGGCUGCGCUCGCCUCAGCGGCUUGGCCUGCAGCCCUACCUCCAUACCAGCGACUCUGAAAACCUUGACCCGCAAACCACAACCAAGAAUAGUGAGCACAGCGAGGAUCUGCCCGUACCUCAGGCUAGUCGCCUCAACAGCAUCAUCAACAGAGCACUGGAGGGAUCACAGAGGAGUAGUGAUGGCCACCCUCCUCACUACCUUAGCCACUUGAAUUGUGUAUCCUGUGGUUCGCAGUCCCCACAGCACUCGGAAGUCUGUCCCAACACCGCUGGGUCUCGCUUAGCAGAGGAGAUGGCAGAGUUGCAUUCAGAGUACUCGGAUUCCAGCUGUGAAAAUGGAACAUUCUUUUGCAAUGAAUGUGACUUAAAGUUUGCUGAGGAUGAAGCCCUGAAACAGCACAUGCUUCAAGUGCACAGUGACAAGCCAUACAAGUGUGACCGCUGUCAAGCAGCUUUCCGCUACAAGGGCAAUCUUGCCAGCCACAAGACUGUCCACACGGGGGAGAAGCCGUAUCGUUGUAAUAUCUGUGGUGCUCAGUUCAACAGACCAGCAAACCUCAAAACUCAUACACGCAUUCACUCAGGAGAGAAGCCAUACAAAUGUGAGACGUGUGGAGCUCGUUUUGUACAGGUUGCUCAUCUCCGUGCCCAUGUGUUGAUCCACACGGGUGAGAAGCCAUAUCCAUGCGAAAUCUGUGGAACACGCUUCCGCCAUCUUCAGACUUUGAAGAGUCACUUGCGUAUACACACAGGAGAAAAACCCUACCAUUGUGAGAAAUGCAACUUGCACUUCCGCCACAAGAGUCAGCUACGACUGCACCUUCGACAGAAGCACGGCGCAAUCACCAACACAAAGAUCCAAUACCGCAUGUCGGCGACAGACAUGCCAACCGACUUGACAAAGACAUGUUGAGCGGGAAGGGAAAAGCGGGCAAUCUUGACCAUGGCAUUUGAAAACCCCAACUUGUACAAUCAUCCAAAAUUGUAGUGCCACACUGUGUUGAUUAGAUGAAAGAAAUUUAUUGGCAGUGUAUGCCAUCCAAAACGGGUUUCCUCUACAUGUGAACAUAGAGCCACAUACGGCAUCAUAGUCACUUUAUUGUUUCUAUAUGAAUAUAUAAUUAUGUUGGGAGUGUUUUUAAGCUUUGAAGGUACGUAUAUAAAGCUUUAUUUUGUUGAGAAGGAAUGGAAUGUACACGGUCCAUUUUUUUGAAAAUACAGUAUUUUAUAUCAAAUAACUUACUUUUCUGAAAGUAUUGAAAAUGAUUGACGGGUGGUACAUAUAUUUUAAGAUAAUGACAUUUCCAGCUGUAUAAAGAGUUGUCUACAUUUUUACCUAGAUGUUACAUACGUUACAACCAUGUCAAGUUGCCAUAUUCAUGUGAAAGGAAAAAAAUGCAAACAUUUGACAUAGAAAUGGAUUUCAUUCUAAAUUAUGAGAACUGCUGCUCUUUAAAAAAAAAAAAGGAUGUGCAUGAGGUGUUACAAUUGUUGCCAAUUGUCCACAUUACAUGAAGUAGGCAACUGCAUAAAUAUUGUGACAUAAUGUGUGAUUAUUAUAUCAAUGGGAUUGCUCUCUGCUGGCAGAGCCAACCCACAACUUGUGUUCAUUUAUGCAUUUCAAGGUACUGACUUUAUGACCAAGAAAAUAUUUUGCUUCAAAAAUGUAUUUGUAUAGAUGUGAUUUUGGUUUUUGUCCAUUUCUUUUCUUAAGUGAAGGUUUACAGUUUUGUCAUUGUUCUAGAACCUACAGUAAAGUUGCGUAAAUGUCAAUAUUUUGUUUGUACAUACACUGUGUAUUCAAUGUGCCUUUAUCUAUGGUGACUGAAUUCCUUUAUGUUCAGCCCAUCUGUGUUAAGGUACAAUUCAAGGACAUCACUUGUCCUAGAUUCCUCUGUGUGCGUGCGCGUGUGUGUGUAUAUAUUUUUAAAUGCUUAACCUUAAACAUUAUUGCUUGAGCUGUCAAUCUUCAGGACUUGUUUUUUGGAUUUUUUUUAUUGCAUUAACUAAUUGUACAAUGUUCUAGAUGUAUGAAUGUAAAAUAAAAGUAUUGGA